UGGCGACCUUGCGUGAUGACAAGCACUUUGAAUAAACAAACACAACUGUUCUGUGCGAAGCGAGUGACGCGUUAAGUUUGAGAAGGUGAAAGCAGUUUCAAUGUCAGUGCCGUAUCAUCACGAGAGCCCAAACUCAAAUACACGCAUGUCUCAAUACCACGCUUCAGGCUCAUGAUAGAACGCCGGCGCCUGUAAGGCGCUGACAUAAUCCAUGUAACGAUGGACAGGAUUUUGCGAGGUAUAAUGAAGUACAGAGCGACUGACAGGAAAACAAUGGUAGAACAGUUUCAGAGAGUCAGGGAUAAUCCAGAGCCCAAAGCAGUAUUUUUUACUUGCAUGGACAGCCGAAUGAUUCCAACGCGCUUCACCGAGACAAAUAUCGGCGACAUGUUUGUUGUCCGGAAUGCUGGUAAUGUGAUACCAAAUUCACAGAAUUUUCCAGAGGAAGUUACAACUACUGAACCAGCAGCAUUGGAACUUGGUUGUGUUAUAAAUGACAUCAGACAUGUUAUAGUAUGUGGUCACUCAGAUUGCAAGCAAAGAAUUCUACAAAGUGCUAUGUUUCCCUGUUGUGUACAAGACAGUUGGCAAAGUUGUACCAUGUUGGACUCAGAUAUCAGAGACACACAAACUUGUCAGCUUAAUGCAAUGAAUUUGCUGCAUCGCCUGAAGUGUGAAGAAUUCUCUUCAAGGGAUAAUAGGCUUAUAUCACCUCUUCGUGCAUGGCUUAUUGCCCAUGCCAAUGCAUCACUUAAGAAAUUUGAAAAGUUGGAGACUGGAGGAUUUCACCAACCAUUGUUAUUUCAAGCUGAGACUCCCAUGCGCAAAUUUGUGGCAUAUAUUGAUCCUGAUAACAAAUUCAGUAUUGAAGACAAGCUGUCACAGGUCAAUUGUCUCCAGCAACUACAGAACAUCGCAAGUUACGGGUUCCUCAAGAAACGUUUGGAAACACAUCAGUUGCAUAUACAUGCACUGUGGUUUGAUAUAUACACAGGUGACAUCUAUUAUUUUAGUCGGCAAAACAAACGUUUUGUGGAAAUAAAUGAGCAUACUGUCAUGGGACUAAUAAAAGAAGUGAAUAGGUACUACUCAUAAUGGCCAUCGUACUAUACUUCACUGAGAGUUUAUCUUUGUGAAAUUGCUGAGUAUAACGUUAUACAAUGACUGCACAUUGUUAAACAGAUUUACUUGGUGUUAGGCUAACAUCUGAUGUGUGUAAAAGGAUCUGGGAAAGAUUUCUCAAAACACAUUAUUGUCUAAUUCUUGGACGAGAAUGAACAUUGUAUGUGAUACCAUCAUUUUGGAGAUACUAAUAUAAUUACAUGUCAUCUUCUGUAUUACAUUUAAGUAAAAACUGAUUGCUGUACUUGUAAAAUCAGUAAAAAUGUACUUAGGGUGUACCUGGUUCUUCCACUGUGUGCCACAGUUGAUAAAAAUUUGUGUGAUGGAUGAUGAGGUUCAAAUGGCUCUGAGCACUAUGGGACUUAACUUCUGAGGUCAUCAGUCCCCUAGAACUUAGAACUACUUAAACCUAACUAACCUAAGGACAUCACACACAUUCAUGCCUGAGGCAGGAUUCGAACCUGCGACCGUAGCGGUCGCGCAGUUCCAGACUGUAGCGCCUAGAACUGCUCGGCCACUCCGGCCGCCUGGAUAAUGAGGAGUGAACUGACAGAUUGUGAGUUGGUUGCCGGUAGCAGGUCAGAAUGCCCAUUCUUAAUUUCUUAGGGUUUGUAAAUGUAAUGAGUUGGUAUUGUGUUCUGUUAGGAUGUAGAUGCAAGUGCUACUCUGAGAUGAAGAGUUUGGCACAGAAGAGGAAUUUAUGGCUGGUGGCAUUAAACUGGUCAGAAGACUGAUGACUCAAAAAGUUAACUUUAACCCCAUCAUUAGAAUUUUCAGCAAAACUUGGAAUUAAGACACACAUGUAGGUUAUUGCAAUGGUGGGCUUAUAUCUUUAUAUCUUGGGCUACACUUCUCAUUAAUAUGUUGUAACAGUUUUGUUUUUUCUGUUGAGAUUUGUUGGCUUCACCAACUCACAACAACAUUCCUACCCAUCCUACACCUGGCAUUGUGCCACAGAUCAAUCUGUCAGCAUAUUCAGUUUUCUGCCCACUCUCCAUAUCAAAAACAAAUGUAGUCAAUUUACAUCUUCUGCUGAAAGAAAAAACUAUAUUCAUUGACUCUCACUGUCUAUCUUAUACCGUCCCCCAGUUGGCUGCCACUGACAGGAACACAUUGCCAAUAGCAGCAUGCAGUGGAAGAGGCUUCUACACUGGAAGUGCAUUUUAGCCACAAAAUCUUUUGUGGGCGCUGUACACUGAGUUGUUCACAGUAUAUGUUAUGUAAAUAGUACUUUGUUACAUAUGGAACAUAGUAAAUCAACUUCCAGUUCUGAUUACGUGCAUUAAUAAGACUUGCUACUGACAUUUUAACUGAAGUUUCAGUAUUGAAUAAGUAAUUUUGUAACAAAAAUAGUAAGUAUUACAUAAGAAAUUUUGUAACAAAAAUAGUCAUGAAUAAAUCUGAAAGCACAUAA